CAACGUGCCGGCUUUCAAGGGCCCGCCGCAAGCCAACGGUGUAAGCCCGUAUCCUUGCAUCACCCAACAUUGGUGCGGAGAUGGCUGAUCACUGUGAUCAGUGAGGUGUGGCCUUGAUCACCCUGAUGAACCCCCUCCCUCUAUCCCUCCAUCUCUCUUUUCCUUGCUUCGGAGUCCUUGUUUCCCUUGAGCCCAACGGUCCAUGGGCGUUGACUGAGCAUCGGGAUCUUUGAAACCUAAGCCACACUCUCCGCCGCUCGCCGCCUUUCACAGCUUGAUCUUCGUCAGAAGGGCCUGGAAUAUAACCCGCCCAGUUUCCGCUAGACAGUUCCAGCCCCUGUACAUCCACUUCUGCCCUUUUUCAAGCGGGAGCCAAUUCGGCCAAGACUUCAUCGACUCAUCAACCCACCGAGGGGCGCCCUGCCACUCUCAGAAGCGGACUAAGUACCCGGUCAAGUACCGUGUACUACCAGAUGCGCACAUUUCUAGACAAGUGGCGGCAUGGCUACGUCUCUUGCUCAGCGACUUGUCAAUCCGCGUCGAUACGGGGGCGGCCUUCUAAACUGCUGUCGACGGAGACACGGACAAACACCCCAAUGCCCUUCGCUGCAUGCCCCUUACGAAACGAAAAUAAGGUGGAGAGACACAGCCUCCACAUUGCCGGAUGAAUAGGAAUUCCACGAGCUAUGUGUCUGUGAGGCGCCUCAAGAAUGGACCCAGGUCCAUCCAGUGGUACAGAGAUGGCCGAGUAAACAAGUCCUGUCCGCGAUGCCAUAAGGACGCGUGGCUGGUUGUCAGCUGGCUCCAGUCAAUCCUUCCGAAACUAAUCAAGGCACGGGUUCGAUCGACCAAUUUCGCAUCCAAUGUUGCGGUGCCCAUUCGCUGUGUGAUCUAUUCAAUGCAAAAGACGAGUUGCUUGUGUAGUAGGGACCCUUCGUCGCCAGAGCCUACCAGAGACGAGGGCGUGGCUGGACAAAGUUGCACUUACAGGCUGAUCAGCCUGCAAGUUCCCUCAUGCGACUGCGAGGGCCGCACCACCGAGACAAGGGUACAAUCCAUACAGGCCUGCCCGACUCGACUGAGUACACCUCGAUCGGCUGGUAACCAUGUACCGGCCGUGCCGGUCUACGUGGUAAGUAUUCGCAGGAAGCUAGUAGCAGAGGUGGUUCCAAGGACCAGUGCGAAUCGGACAACCGCUAGCCAACCUUGA